AUGACAACUUCCCAAGAGACAACCCUUGAGUGGUUCGGUGCGACAACCUUUCGGCUCCGAGUUCGUGGUGUCACGGUGUUUCUCGACACCUGGCUAGACAAGCCGGACAUUCUGCCUACUUUGCUGGCUGCCGACGAUGUCACCGAAGCUGACUACAUUUUCAUCUCCCACGCCCAUUUCGAUCACCUGCCCGGUGCCGACCGGAUCGCGAUCAAAACUGGCGCCAUUGUCGUAGCCAACAACGAAGCCAUCAACCUGAUGAGAAAUGCCGGCGUGCCUGAGCACCAGCUUUUUCCAGUGCAAGGAGGAGAGCGCAUCCCACUGUUCACUCGCAAGACCCGCGACGAUGCUGCAGCGGAUCUCUCUUUGCUCGCUCCUGGCUUGCCCGGUGCGCCUCGAAGGCCUCUCGACAAGCUAGCCGCCCUUCGAGUUGACAUCUGGCCAUCUCUACACUGCUUCAUGCCGGAGGACCAUCCGCAAGUCAUUGACACCGCGACUGUCUAUAAGGGCUCUGCCAGUCCGUACAGCUGUACGCUUGACAUCACGUUUGGCAUGAAGCAUGGCCUGCUGAAGAUCGGCGAACUCAUGCCGCCAGACAAGCUGACGCCUGGGCACAAGUCGUUUAUCAAAUAUGUCAGCGACCGAGAACGCAACGUCUUUUCCCAUUGCGACGGUGGGCAACUCAUGUUCAACUUCGUUGCUGGGGACAAGGCGCUGUUAUGGACUGCACAUCUCGGCGGAUACGAGGGCGUGCUGCGCGACAUGCAGCCGAAGCCGGAUAUAGCCAUCAUGGCGAUUGCAGGAAGAGCGAACUUCAAUGGCAGGCCCUUUGAUGGCUCUGCUGCUGAAUUUGCUGCCAAAAAGGUAGACUGGCUUGGAAGGCCAUCUCAGGUGAUAUGGUGCUUGCACGACGAAGCCUGCAUUCCACCCUGGAGGAUUGACACAGAAGCUGCCACAAAGGCAGUGGAAGCAAAUGGGAAGACAAAGAUUCUCGAUUUGGAACACGCGAAGGCUGUUGUGCUUGACAUAUAGGGUUUCCAGGAGAUGCAGCCUCUGUGAUCAGGGUCACUUGUUGAUAGUUUCUUGGAUCGUAAAAUCGCAAGCC